GAUGCUGGAGGAGGAUGCGGAUCAGCCGCCCCUCCUGGACGGACUUGACAAAAGGAACAUCAUCAAGGGAAAGCGCAAGCGCAACAAGGUGGACUACCGCGCCGUCGAGCGCGAGAUUGAGGCCGAAGAGCGGCGGCACAAGGUCACCUGCCCACCCCUAAGGAUGUUGCGGGCAUCCUUUGUUGCGCUUGUGGCAUCAGCUUGCCUCAUCGGCGGUGCCUUCGUCUCUGCACCCUCCAGCCGCGGAAGUGGUCCAACAACACUGCGGGGUGCUGUAGGUAUUGGACGUUCAGUGCCUGAAGGGGGCAAUGGGCCGGAAUCAGCUGCUCAUGGCUGGUGCGCCGUGGGGGCCAUGGGGGCGGUGGUUGCAUUGACCUUGUGCCGUGGCAAGCGCACGGCUUUGCGUGCUGAGCCGCUAUCGGCCUCCGCGGCGGCAGCUGCCGCAAAGGCAAUUGCAGCCGUGAAGGGUGCUUCGGCUGCCAAAACCGCCACAACGGCGGCAAAGACGGCCGGCGCGGUGGCGGGCGCAGCGAAGACCGCUGGUGCCGUGGCCGGCUCGGCGGGAGCCGGUUCACUGAAGCAAGCUGCGGACGAGGCAAGUGCUGACGAAGACUACGUCAACAAGAAGCUCAACAUCAUGGACAGAGGCACCCCGGAGUAUGAGAAGAUCAAGGAGGCCAAGGCCAAGCGCAAGGAGAAGGACUGGGAGGUGCGCACCGCGCGCAACCCCGACAGCACCUUUGGGAACCCGGAGGACGCCUACAAGGGUAAGGCAGACCUCUAUGAUCCUCUCAUGUCGCUCUCACAGCGCUUCUUGAAGGAGUCGGGCAAUGAGUUCAAUCCUGCCUUCCAGAUUGGUGUGACGGAUCCCCUGGGCUAUUUCGACCCGUUGGGCUUCUGCAAGCAGGGUGAUGAGAAGACCUUCCGGUCGAUGCGGACGGCAGAGAUCAAACAUGGACGUGCUGCCAUGAUGGCUGCGCUUGGUGCUGUGGUGCAGCACUACGUGAAACUCCCGGGCUUCGAGAAGGUGCCUGCGGGCCUGGAUGCUGUCAAUGUUGCUCCUGGCAGCUACGGCUUCAUCGCACUCUUCCUGAUUUCAGGUGUUCUGGAGCUUGCCGUGUGGACGGAGAGUGACAAGAAGGCUCCGGGAGACUUCGGCGACCCGCUCGGCUUGAACAAGUAUGAUGAGGAGUUCCGGAACCGGGAGCUCAACAACGGCCGCGCGGCCAUGUUCGCUGCCAUCGGCAUCAUCGCCGCGGAGCUCUACACCGGCAAAGACGCCGUGGAGCAGCUUGGCUUGGCCUGA